GACCCAUAAAACAAUUCCUAGGGUUCGUAAAACAAGAUUAGCACGGUGGUACGGUCGUCAGGACAGAUGUUCUCUAGGCUUGACCGCGUACCUAUCCCUAGACCUAGCUAAAGCUCUAGCAAGCACAUUGGGCAUUACUGCCUUCCCUAUAAAACCCAAACAACCCCGGCCAACCCUGCCCUUCUCUUCAACUCCUAGACACCAACAGUACUGCCGUCGUCACACAGAAACGCAGGAAGGAAAACGUUCGCCAUGAGCUCCAGAUCAAGCAGAAGCACCAGCACCGUAGUCGGUCUCCUUGUGGUUGCAUUGCUCUUCUCCACGUUCCUCGCGCCUCAUCUUCCCGCUGCUUCUGCUCGCCACGUGGCGGUGUUCAAGGCAAAAGAUGAUGCAACAGGACAGGCUGAAGCUGCCGGCGGCCGCUCGAGUCGACCGGGAAGAACUUCGACGGUGGAAAUGCGCGGCGGCGACGCGUGGGCGGCGGCGGAGAUGCAGGAUAUGCUCAAGAGGGAUUACGCGUAUAAGGCGCGCCGCCGCUCGCCGAUCCACAACGACGAACCUCUGCAGGAGAAUGACGAGCCCUGAUUAAGCUUAGCCUUGAUGCACACAGUACUCAUGCAGCUAGGUACUGUACAUAGUCAGAGGCUUGAUUAGUUAGCUGGAGCCGCUCUCUGAUUUACUAGUAGUACUACACAUAGUUAGAGUUGCAGGCUAGCUUGCAGGAUGGAUAGAUAGAGCUUAGUGCCUUAGUUACCCAAAUAUUAUGGAAUAGUGCAAUGGUUUGGGUUGGCUGGAUAGAUUAGCUGGUCAACCUUAAGUUAAAUAUUAGCAUCCAAGCUGGGCAUCACAUUUAGCCCUGAUUUUGCAAGAACCUGAAAGGUUCGUGUGAAAAACGGGCAGUUUUGUGGCUGAUGUUCACGCUUGGGGCUAUGCUACCUUGUACUAUAUGUAUGUCCACCAGAAUCAGGCUUGCAACUUUGCAUGCAGAUAUCAGUGAAAAUAUAUAUCCUCGUCUUA